GUGUGUUAACGAUCUGCAACACUCUUAACCGGUCUGAAGCGAAGUUACUGCUACAACAGACUGAACUAAUCGCGCCUGAUUGCUUCAAAGCACGACUUGCUCACUUGUUAGAUCUAUUGCUCUGAGUUACAGCUCAUCCUUCUACUCAGGCAGGCAGACAGGCAGCACUGGAAGGAGCCAAAAGGAACUCAUACAUGCACAGACCAGCAAUAUACUGGAUAAAAAUAAUCCAUAUGCUGCCGCUGAUGAAGAGUAAUCAUGCAGUCUAUUAGUUUCGGUGCAGCUCACCUGCUGCUGAUGAGGAUUGCGUGGCUUUGAGAAUUUUCGGAGUGUUCUUUUUUUUUUUUUUUUUUUGGAAUGCUGUGUUGAUAUAAAAAGCAGGGUGACAUUGACGCUGCUGUGUCCAUAGUAACUGGCACCUGCAGAGGCUGCAAACAAAACCUUAUUCUGCCAAGCUUUCAAUGCUGUAAGACUGCAGCCAGAGAACUAAAACAUGACUAGAAUGCUAACUGUUUGCUGGAUUUCUAGUAAAAUGCCAGGACGACAUAAUAAAUAAGACAGGGGCAUUGAAGAGCGAAGAAAGGCGCGUAUUAUUAUUAAGACAGCUGGUGUACAUACAUUUUACAGUAAUAACAAUAACAUUUAGAGAUCGAUAAUGCAUUGCUAAGCUGCAGUAGUUUAUUUAAGGAAAUAUCCCAGACCAGUUGAUACAGCAGUCGCAUUUUUGUAUUGAUCGCAAUGAGGAAAACAAUCGCAUUUUAUUAAUUUAUUUUAAAGUAUUUCUAGAAUUGCAGCGCGGUUGACGCUUAAUAUUUUUAAACUAAUUAUUAUGAUGCAUAAUAAAUAUCGAAUUAAUUCCUAACUGAAGCUCAUCAUAUAUAUAUAUAUGAUAAUACUGAUAGCCUUAUAAAUGGUAUUACCCAUUUUCGAAUUUAAAAAAAUAAAAAUAAGUAUGGAUUAACAGUUCUGCUUAAGCUUUGGAAGGCUGCGCGCAGUUGAUACUUGGAUGGGUGUUUUUACUGAUCGCUCGUUACUUUAGUGCUUAAUUUAAUAUACGACAGUGAAACAUGCUGCCAGGCUCAAUUCAGAUCACAGGUGAAGCCCUUUCUGCAGCUGAGAUUAAAGAUAUCUGCGACAGUUUGAAGGAAAACAGCGUGCGGCUCCUGUCGGUGCGGGGCUGCCAGCUCUCAGACCGGGAUUUCGGGCGGGUGUGCCGCGGUGUCGCCGAGUGCCACGCGCUGGCUCAACUGAACCUCAAUCUGGGGGUGGUGUCCAACACGAGCCGGGUCAAACAGCUCGCAGAAGCGCUCAACACCAACAGAUCGGUCCACACUUUAUUUCUCCACGGAAGCCCCCUGACUGACGCAGGGCUGGCCUGUCUGAACCCAGCGCUGUCCACUCACCCCUCCCUCGUCUCGCUGGACCUCGGGGACUGCAUGCUGGGGGACGAAGGGCUCCAGCUCAUCUGCGGGAUGCUGCCACCAGAUGGCGCCAAAUCAGGACUGAAGGAGUUGACCCUAAGUGCAAACCCUACCGUCACUUCCAAAGGCUGGGCACGGCUGGCCAUUGCUGUAGCCCACAGCUCCCAGCUGCGGGUUUUAAACCUGGACUACAACCCCUUAGGUGACCAGAUCGCCGGGAUGCUGGCUGUUGCCGUGGCGUCGAGCCGGACUCUGGAGGUUUUGGAUCUCGAGGGAACAGGUCUCACCAAUCAGUCUGCACAGAUCUUCCUGGACAUGGUGGAGAACUACCCAACGUGCCUGCGGAUGCUGAUCCUAGCUGAGAACAACAUCAGCACGGAGCUGCAGCAGCAGAUCUCAGACCUGCUGUCCGAGGGGGAGGAGGAGGAGGACAAGGAGGGGGAGGCACGGGGGAGCGCCGGGGGCAGGGAGAGGGAGAAGACCACCUGGGUCUCCCAAAGCAGUAAGGAACCAGGCUUGCAGAUUUAAGUUCACACAUGGUCUUGGUGACGUCAGGACUCGGAGACAGCCUAUUGGCUGAAACAGAGAUGUGACCCUGGAAGUCUCUCUCCCUACUGCAAUGCAGCCUGUCACAUGAUGCAGUCAGAUGAUAGUGAACAACCAAUCACUUGGUCAUGCAUGGUCUUUUGGCACUUGUACAUAGAUUUAAACAGACUUUAUAAAUAGGCACAGGCUUUGAACACCAAGUGAGUUAAAAGUUAACUAUUUAUUUUAAAGAUGUACAUUUAAAAUUGAAACCUGUGUGUUCAGGGUUUACAUUAACCUCUGAGUAUAAGGGUAUAAAGGAAGUGCAGUUUGCUGCCAUUUUUACUGAUCGUAAAAAAUGAAAAAAUAAACUCGCCAGACACAACUUGCAGGUCAGAUAUGUUAACAGUUUGUUUUGGUUUGUUUAAAGCUAGCUUUAUAGAAGUAAAAUUGUUUAUCUCCAUUCAGAAAAAGGGUGGAUAAGCUUUGACUUAAAAAUACAGGCCUAAGGUAAAGAAGUGUCCGAAUAAACAUAUUUACAC